GAAUCUUUUAUUAAGAUAUUAGGUAUUUGCAAAAGUUUCCAUCGUUUGAAAUAUGUGACCGGUCAAAGAUUAAUAUUGCAGAAAGAUCAAGCAUUAUCACGUAAAGAGUUUGUGAUAAUUUUUUUCAUGUUAAUCCGUGUAACUUAAUUUGACGAUUAGAUUAAAUUAUGAAGAUGUUUGAGUAGUAGGGAACGAAGGAUAGUGGAGUAUCUCAUGAGAUGUUCGAGAAAGUCGUAAAUGUUUGAGAAGUAUUGAAUAGAUUUGUCGCCAAUGAUGAAUAAUGGAUUUAUUCCGACACUCCACGACGUGAAAGUUAUAGUGCAUUUUUCAUAUUAACUAUAGUCGCAGUGACAAGUGCAGACAGGACAGGUGGUGAUCUUAAGCAGAUAUAUAAUCUUAAUGAAAUGAAGAUAAGAUAAUAUAUGGUUAAGAUAAGCUCGCGUUAAUAGGACACAUUAUUUAAACCACAAAUUUUACGCAGAGUGCGGUGAAGUGGUGUGUCGGCAAGGCAUUAAUAAUGUACAAACCUAUUGUUACUCUCAAGCAAGGUAAAGCACGCGGUGCUUCCGUCCAAGGUGUUCUAGGAUCAUCUUAUAUUGCAUUUCACGAGAUACCUUUCGCGGCUCCCCCCGUUGGAGAACUCAGAUUCAAGGAUCCAGAACCACCUGUUCCAUGGACUGGUAUCAGAAAUUGUACUACAGCUAUUGGAAAGUUCUGCGCACAGGCUGAAGAUGCUACGCCAGACUAUGUUUUCGGGAGCGAAGAUUGUCUUUACCUGAAUGUUUAUACCAAUUCUCUUAAUCAAUCAAAACCAGUGAUAUUUUGGAUUCAUGGUGGUUCGUUCAAAUCAGGAGCCGGAAGUUUCAAGAUUAUAAGGCCUGAUUACUUAAUAACAAAAGACGUCGUCGUUGUUACAGUUACAUAUAGGCUGGGUGCAUUCGGUUUCCUAAACCUGGGACACCGAGUCGCUCCCGGAAACCAGGGCUUAAAGGACCUAAUUGCAGCGUUGAAGUGGGUCAAAGAGAAUAUUGCCAAAUUCGGAGGAGAUCCAAACAAUGUCACGAUCGCUGGACAAAGUGCAGGCGGAGUGCUAGUCCAUGCUUUAACGGUGUCACCGAGAGCGAAAGGACUCUUCCACAAAGCGAUCAUGCAAAGUGGAUUAUUGACAUGUAGCUGGGGUUUCGGGCAAAGUCAUCCAGAACGUGGUUUCAAACUUGCGGCCGCUCUUGGAAUAAACUCUAACGACCCCGAGGAAAUUGUUAAAGAAAUGCGCAAGCUGUCCGAUAAAGAUAUCGUCUUGGGUUAUCAGAGUAUACUCACAAAACACGAGAGUCAAAUCUACGAAAUGGCGUUUGGAGUGAAUUACGAUGAUAUAGCGGAAAACCCAGUUUUACCCUUGCACAUUGACGAAUUAAGUUCAAACGACGCCAGUAUUCCUGUCUUGACUGGAUACCUCUCAUAUGAUUGUAUCAUGUUUUUCAAUGAUAACGGAAAGGAAGCAGUGGAUAAUUACAAUCGUUAUCUACCUGACUACGUGAAAAUCUUAGGGAGACAUAAACAUUUAGGCUCCGCGGAACUAGAAGAAUUAAUGGAGUUUGUCAAGGAUCAUUAUUUUAACGGACAGCCAAUUAGUAGUAACAUGAUGGAGCAGUUCCUACGUUUCGUAACCGAUAUUUAUUUUACCGUUCCCAUGAGGAAGUACAUCGAGGAUCGCGUGAAAAGGACAUCCGCGCCUACGUACUUGUACAAGUUUUCGUACGUCGGAAACGAAAUGACAUUCACAGAUCUUUCAAAGAAACGUGUUGUAAGAGGAUCAUCUCAUAUGGACGAAUUAGCAUACAUAUUGUACUCGCCUCUUUGCAAAAUUAAGAGCCUCGAACCACCACCGGUUGGUACGAAGGAUAGAGACCUGAUUGAAUUUUUGUGUACGACGUGGUCCAAUUUCGCUAGGACAGGGCAUUGUACUCCAUGUCAGGACGGUGUUAUCAAGACCACUUGGAAUCCUGUGACGAAGGAGGAACGUUGUUAUUUAGAAAUUGGUGAACGUAUCGAGUUGCUACCCUAUAAACCUGAUGCGUUUAAUUCAAUUUACACUCUCUUAGACGAUUUAUUAACAAUGGAUAAACCGAUAGUUACUGUAAAACCAGGUAGAGUACAAGGUAUAGGCGUCGAAAGUGUCCUAGGUUCUUUUUACAUCGCUUUUUAUGAGAUACCUUACGGGAUUCCGCCCAUCGGAGAACGCAGAUUUAAGGAUCCAGAGCUACCACUUUUGUGGAUGGGUAUUAAAGAUUGUACAGUACCCACCGGAAAAAUAUGUAUUCAAGCAGGGGAAUCACCACCCUACAAAGUAAUUGGAAGCGAGGAUUGUCUUUACCUCAACGUUUACACCAAAUCCGUGAGUCAAUCGAAGCCAGUUAUGUUUUGGAUCCACGGGAACGGUUUCACGUCGGGGAACGCUGGUUUCGAUACCGCGAGGCCUGAUUACUUGCUCGAGAAAGAUGUCGUUGUUGUUACAGCUAAUUACAGACUGGGUGCAUUCGGUUUCUUAAAUCUUGAUCAUCGAGCUGCGCCUGGGAACAUCGGCCUGAAAGACUUAAUCGCAGCUUUGCAGUGGGUCAAGGACAAUAUUGCGAAUUUCGGAGGGGAUCCAAAAAACGUCACGAUUUUUGGUCAAAACACAGGAGGAGUAUUAGCUCAUGCCUUAACUUUGUCGCCGAAAGCGGAAGGGCUCUUUCACAAAGCGAUCAUCCAAAGUGGAACUAUAACGUCUAGCUGGGCUACUAAACAAAGUCGUCCAGCUCGCGGUAGGAAGCUUGCAUCUCUCCUUGGAAUAAACGCUACCGACCCCGAGGAAAUGAUUGAAAAGAUGCGCAAGCUGCCUGCUAAGGAAAUCGCCAAGAUGCAGAAUCGUAUUCUCACAAAACAGGCAAAACUUUUUCUCUUACCGUGUCGCACAACCGUAAAAUACUUAAGCACACGACAAUCGUAAGUUCUUUCUACUGUUGCACAGGAGGCAGACAUGUUCGACCUACCCUUUGGAAUAAAUUGCGACGAGGUAGCGGUAAACCCUGUGUUACCAUUGCCACUUCAUUAUUUAUGGGCACACGACAGUGCUGUUCCAAUUAUGGCAGGAUACACGUCGGGCGAAUCCAUCAUGUUUUUCAAUGGUAA